UUUCAACACUACUAUAUAACAAAUAAUUUGAGCUACAGAUAGGAUGUGUAAGGAAGGACCGGUCGUACCGGAGAGUUCCUCAGAUGACAACUCAGUAGAUUACAUUCCAGAUGUGCAUGAGAAGGAGGUCGAUGAUCAGCCAGAAGAGAGCAGCAAGGAGUUCAAAUCGGAGAUUGUUUGGUUCAACGUGUAUAAUAUGAGUGUGCUCCAUCUCCUCGGCCUAAUCGGCUUCUAUAAUUCCCUAUUUUACGCCUCGUGGCCGACCCUGAUAUUUUCCUGGUUCCUGUAUCUCUUCGGAGGGUUGGGGAUAACCGCUGGGGCUCACAGACUUUGGGCCCACAAAUCUUACAAAGCUAGACCAUUACUUAGAGGUUUUCUAAUGCUGUGUCAGACUCUUGCUGGACAAGAUGACCUCUACAAAUGGAGCAGAGACCACAGAGUACACCACAAAUGGAGUGAAACCCAUGCUGAUCCUUAUAACGCUAAUAGAGGUAUGUUCUUCUCUCAUGUUGGCUGGCUGCUAGUGAAGAAACACCCUGAUGUCAUGAAGUACGGAAACAAGCUGAACUUUGAUGACAUUCUCUCCGAUCCUAUCGUUCAGUUCCAGCGCAAGUACUAUCAGCCCCUAUUCUGGAGUGUCUGCGCUCUGAUGCCCACACUAGUCCCUUAUUUCGGAUGGGGUGAGAACGCAUUUGUUGCGUUCACCGUGGCUGGAACUGCACGAUACGUCUUCACCCUGCACAUGACCUGGUUGGUAAACUCGCUGGCUCACUACUACGGUAUCAGACCCUACGACAGUGGUAUCAACCCUGCAGAGAACAGACUGGUAUCACUCGGCGCUAUCGGUGAGGGGUUCCACAACUUCCACCACUCCUUCCCAUUCGAUUACCAGUCCAGUGAGAUGGGAUACAGUCUCAAUAUCACCACCAUGUUCAUUGAUCUCAUGUACAUGUUGGGGCAAGCCUACGAUCUGCGCACCGUCAGCAAGUCUGUUAUUGCAGGCAAGAAGGAGAGAACGGGUGACGCCUCCGGAGUUGGCAGGUACUUCAAACCUACCUACGGGAAAGCUCAGUGACUGUACAGGGAUAUAGGUGGUCGGGUACGGUCACCAUUCGGCCUCUAACCGGCCUCCAUCUCACCACUGUAUUGGUAUCAUGGUGGCCGCCAAUUAGUGGUCACGUGGAGGAAGUACCUCAUCACCACCCAAUUAAACCUAAAGGACAGACAGAUUUGUAAGACUGGGAGUCAGAGUUUUACUUGUCACACACACCACAGAUUCACACAACCACAAGACCCUCAAUGAUUAUGUAUAUGAUCUGUGCUUGUUGCUUAUUUAAUUUUUGUUAUUAAAUAAUA